AUGAUCGUCUAUGCCCCUUAUGCAAAUAUAGGAGACUAUUUACCUGCUACAAGGGAGGUGUGGAAAGCCUAUGACCUACGGGACGUUCAGCCAGCAAAGCUGAAACCAGAAGUCCUAAGGAAUCCUGGGUCCUUCCUAGAAAAGACACAUAGCCUAACCAAACAGGAAGUGAGAGGAAAUCUCUCCAAAGUAGGGAAAUCCUCUCCACCUGAAAAUGUUGAUGACAACAUAGCUGAACAGAAACGCCAGCUUCACACCCCAAUGUAUGUCCUGAUGGGGAACCUUGCCUUUGUGGAUGUAUUUUUUACCUCCAUUAUCAUCCCCAGGGCCCUGUAUGGCCUCUUGUCUGGAGACACCCACAUCUCCACCCAUGGUUGCUUUGUCCAGCAAUUCUUGUUUCUGGCAGUGGGUCUUAUGGACAGUCUUUUGUUGGUAAUCAUGGCCUUUGACCGAUAUUCUGCAGUUUGUUCUCCCUUACGUUAUCUGAUAAUUAUGAACAAGAGGACUUGUAUCUGUCUGGUGGCUAGCUCUUGGGUCCUCGUGUGUCUACAUGCUACUUUGUACACCGUGCUGACUUCUUCUCAGCUGAACUGUAGCUGGGUCAUUCACCAUUUCUUCUGUGAUCUUCCUGUAAUAAUGAUGUUAUCGUGUUCAGGCACUUCAGAUGCUCUGCAGAAGGUUGUCUUCAUUGAAGGUCCCAUUGUCAUCUUUGGCCCAGUAGUCUUCAUCCUCGGGUCCUACAUACUCAUCAUCAGAGCAGUGUUGACUCUACAUUCAUCCCAAGGAAGAUGGAAGACAUUUUCUACUUGUUCUUCUCACCUCAUCAUGGUUAUUUUUUUCUACAGCACAGUCAUAUUUAUGUACUUUCGGCCAAGCUCCAUCUACUCUCCGACCAAUGACCGGGUCAUCAGCGUGGUGUACAGUGUCAUUAUUCCAAUGCUCAACCCCUUUAUUUAUAGCCUUAGAAAUAAGGAGGUCAAAGCUGCUGUAAAAAGAUCAUUACAAAGAAUUAAUUAA